AGCAAGAGGAGUACAAGGUAAAGGAGAGAAUUUACAGAGAGGGAGAGAAAGAGGGGCUGAUGAUCAGAGCGCCACUGAUGUGUGGGUGUCAUCUGUGAUUUUGCAUAGUUUCCAUCGUAUAGAGCAGCACAUAAGGAUACAUAUAAAGAAAGGAGGAGAAACAAGGAAAAUAUAGGAGACACACAGGGAUAAAAGGGAGAUACAGAAGGAGGUAGUGAAAUCGAGUGCCAAAGGCAAAGAAUAGGUACGAACAGUAAAAGGGGAAAAGACACUCAGAGCAGGAGGUGCACAUAGCAUCGAGCCUUAUAGAUGAGGAUAUAGAGAAAUUGAGAUGAGACCCAAAUAUGCACACAUGGAAAUGUAUUGAUACACACACACACUCCUACAGAGUGGUCUCUGAACCAACCCUCACACAAUGAGACACCCAUGGAAAAGAAGGGAUGCUGUUUUGUGAUGGAUUGUGUAAAGGUAGUCUAACCCUGGGGCACAGUCUGGUAGGACAUAUCGCAGUCUCAAAUUGAUCAAGGUAAUAUUUGUGACGGUGUCCGAGCUCUUUCUCGUUUUAUUUUAUAACACAAAGACAUUUAGCACUAGCAUUUUUCAACUCUCUCAAGAAAUACUCUCACUCUUCUACACUCCGCUCCCUCACCUGUUUCACUACUCUUAGCACACUUUAAGUGCAUUUUUAUUUUCUGGAACUCUCACAGAGUGGUCCCACAACUUGUUUGAAGAAAAUUAUCUACUCACUGGAUACCCUUUUGGAACUGUUUAUCUGCACAGUCUGAGUGCUCCCCCAGAAAUCUCAGAAUUCAUACUCAUCAGACUUGUAACCAAUACUCGCUAAACAUUGGGAUUCUCUCCAGGAACUUAAUUUGGACUGUAUCUUGGCAAACUCGAGUUAAGUAGUGGAGCCAUUCGACAUUCUCACUUGGAGGGUCUCUAUCAUCGCACCCAAGGACCAGUCACCCAGAACAGUCUAUAUCUUUGCCUUCUCUCUUCCAGUGAUGGCGUUCACCUUUGCUGCGUUCUGUUACAUGCUGACUCUGGUUCUCUGUGCUUCUCUCAUAUUUUUCAUCAUUUGGCACAUCAUUGCAUUUGAUGAGCUACGGACAGACUUUAAAAACCCAAUAGAACAGGGAAAUCCCUCCAGAGCGAGAGAGAGGGUUAAGAACGUGGAGCGGAUUUGCUGCUUACUCAGAAAGCUUGUAGUACCUGAGUAUUGUAUCCACGGCCUAUUCUGCUUGAUGUUUAUGUGUGCAGCUGAGUGGGUUACUCUGGGGCUGAAUAUACCACUACUAUUCUAUCACCUCUGGAGAUACUUCCACCGGCCUGCAGAUGGUUCAGAAGUGAUGUUUGACCCAGUGUCCAUAAUGAAUGUGGACAUCCUAAAUUACUGUCAAAAGGAAGCCUGGUGUAAACUGGCAUUCUACUUGCUGUCCUUCUUUUACUAUUUGUACAGGAGACAGAGGAAAGAAAAGAGAAAGAAGGAGACACUUGGUGAUAGAGGACUACACUGCAGGGCAUCGACCCCACCACCCUGCCAACUAGUGGAUUCUCUCUCCCCUUUUUCUCGCACUGUUCUUUCCCUUCUUGAUCCCUAUAAACCCCCUUCCUAUAUUCUUCCUGCUUUUCACCCCUCUCUUCUCUGCCCCCCUCUUUUUAGACUGCUGCUGGCUUACAGCUUCUCUUUGUCCGUUUGAAGUCUGUGACUUUAUUUCUUUAGACAUGUGUGAAGUUUACUGUCAAUAAAGAAUAUAUAUAUAUCUAUA